AUGGCGAUAAAAGAGAAGAAAUCGAAGGAAGCGGUGGCCCGCGCUGCCAUGGCCAGUGGCCGUUCAAAGCGCAAGAAAUGGGUAAAAGUUAGGGCUAGGGACAAGUUGAACAACGCAGUUACCUUUGACAAGACUGCUUACGACAAGUUGAUGAAUGAAAUUCCGAAGAGCAAGCUCAUCACGAUAUCAGUGGUGUCAGAGCGUCUGAAGGUCAAUGGAAGCCUCGCAAGACAGGCGCUCAGGGAGCUGGAAUCGUUGAACUUGAUAAAGCCGAUUUGCGAACCUCACCAUACUCAGCUACUUUACACAAAGGUUAACUAA